AUGGCUGCUUCUAAGCCAGUUGAACCCCAGUCUGGGAGCGGACUACCCCGCUGGCAGCUGGCGCUUUUAGUCGGGACUCCUAUUGUGCUCGGUGUCGGAGCUGUGUACCUCUGGAACCGUAACAGGACGAAUAAAUCGAAUGGAACCGGGGAACGGAAAACUCCAGAAGGCAGUGCCAGUCCCGUUCAGGGCCAAGACGGUGCGCCUCGAGCCAACCGAGAGGAGGAGAACAUGAGCCCGUUGGACAAAGCCCAGGCUGCAAAGAAUAAGGGCAACAAGUACUUCAAAGCCGGCAAGUACGACAAAGCUAUCCAGUGCUACACAGAGGCCAUCGCUCUCUGCCCCAAAGAGCAGAAGUCUGAUUUGUCAACAUUUUACCAGAACAGAGCAGCAGCGUACGAGCAGCAGUUGAAGUGGACAGAGGUGGUCCAGGAUUGUUCUCAGGCUGUGGAAAUGAACCCACGCUACGUUAAGGCUCUGUUCAGGAGGGCUAAAGCUCUUGAAAAACUGGACAACAAGAAGGAGUGCCUAGAAGAUGUCACAGCGGUGUGUAUCCUCGAGGCCUUCCAGAACCAGCAGAGUAUGUUGCUUGCUGAUAAGGUGUUAAAACAGUUGGGAAAAGAGAAGGCCAAAGAGAAAUACAAGAACCGUGAGCCGAUGAUGCCAUCUCCUCAGUUCAUCAAGUCAUACUUUAGCUCGUUUACCGAUGACAUCAUCUCCCAGCCGCAGCAGAAGGGCGAGAAGAAAGAUGAAGACAAGGAUAACGAAGGAGAGGCGGCUGAAAUCACAGAGAGCUCUGGCUUCUUAAAGGCGAAGCAGUUCAUGGAUGAAGAGAACUACGACAAAAUUAUCAGUGAGUGCACUAAAGAGAUCGAGUCAGGAGGCCGAUACACGGCAGAGGCCCUGCUGCUGAGAGCCACCUUCUACCUGCUGAUUGGAAACGCUACUGCUGCCCAGCCUGAUCUGGACCAGGUCAUAAACAUGAAGGAGGCUAAUGUUAAGCUACGAGCAAACGCUUUAAUAAAGCGUGGCAGCAUGUACAUGCAGCAGCAGCAGCCUCUGCUCUCUACACAAGAUUUCAACAUGGCUGCUGAGAUCGACAGCCGGAACCCUGACGUGUACCACCACAGGGGGCAGCUAAAGAUCCUGCUGGACCAGGUGGACGAAGCAGUGGGAGAUUUUGAUGAGUGCAUCCGCCUCAGGCCCGACUCUGCUCUGGCACAGGCUCAGAAAUGCUUCGCCCUUUACAGACAAGCAUAUACUGGAAACAACCCAUCACAGGUGCAGACGGCCAUGGAUGGCUUUGAGGACGUAAUCCGAAGGUUUCCAAAAUGUGCUGAAGGCUAUGCUCUCUACGCUCAGGCUUUGACCGACCAGCAGCAGUUUGGGAAAGCUGAUCAAAUGUACGACAAGUGUAUCGAACUGGAACCAGACAAUGCUACGACUUAUGUUCACAAAGGUUUGUUGCAGCUUCAGUGGAAACAAGACCUCGACCAGGGGCUGGACCUCAUAAGUAAGGCGAUAGAAAUCGACAACAAAUGUGACUUUGCCUAUGAAACUAUGGGAACCAUCGAAGUUCAAAGGGGAAACCUGGACAAGGCGAUAGAAAUGUUUAACAAAGCCAUCAACCUCGCCAAGUCAGAGAUGGAGAUGUCCCAUUUGUACUCGUUAUGCGAUGCAGCGUACGCCCAGACGGAGGUGGCUCGGAAAUACGGCCUUAAACCUCCCACUCUGUAACGUCUCCACCGUCCAUCGCAGUCUCCACCGCAGAACCUAAUUGUCUUACUGUUUGAAAUAAAUCUGAUUUGUUAAAAGAAAUUCUGGAUAUUAUGAUGAAAAGAAUAAACCCUUAAUAUGUCACGUGGUGUUCUCAGAUUAGAAAGGAUUUUAUUUUUGAAAGCCAACAGGUUUUCUAUUUACAAACCAGGUCUCUGUCUCUGUCAGGAUACUGUUUGACCAGCAGGCGGUUGCUGAUGCCUAGUUCAGCCCAAAGUAAUUGUGAAACCUUUUCAUCUCUCAAAUAAAGCGUGGAGGUAAAACAUACAUGAAUGUCCAUUCAUAUCUGUUUAAAAUAAUACGCAGAAGACGAAAACGUGCAGUUUGUUGAACGAUUACUGACUUUUAAGGCUUCUGUAACAUACAGAUGUACAGAAAAUACUGUGAGGUUGUGAAGAACUGUUCUCUUAGCAGUUUAUGCUGAUCUGAAGAGUUGUUGUUUUUUUUCCGGCUGCUUCCAUUUUCUAACAUAGAUCUUCAGUUUGAAUGCGAGAGAAUCAGUUCUUUGUGAAAUGUCUGUAUUUGCAAUGCUGGAAUUGAUCCGAUAGGUAUGGGCCCUAAAAGGCCUGUUUAGUCUUUUUUUUUUUUUUUCUUUAAUAGGUUUGCCUGUUUUUAAUAUAUAAAAUUUGUGCAGCAUGCUCACUUUAUCUAUGUAAAUGCAAUGCUCAAGCUGUCUGGAACACUAGAAAAAAAAAUCAAAGUAUGCUUGACUUGGGCAAAACCCUUUUCAUCAGACAAACUUAGCCAUCGUUUUUUUUAUGCCUCUAUUCUUUGAAGAUGUCACCUGCUAUUGGAGUUUUGUAGUUCAUUAGUGAAAUCUUUGGGGGGGUGUUUUCUGUUUGUUUUAUUCCAUUAUUUGUACAAGUCCUUAAGACCUAACCUUUUUUUUUUUUUUUUAAGAGAUUUUUUUUCACAAUGCUGGCCUUAAGGAUCCCAGCCUACAUGCAGCCCAGACAGUCUCUUUAUGCACUGUGUUCAAAUUCUCAGCAUGAUUUUGUUUUUUUGUUUUUUUUUAAAGCAGCCAGCUGUGUUUAAUUUAGUAUGCACUAAGUUUUGCAUAUUUUACGAAUCAACUGGGACCCCUUGAGUUUUUGGACUCGAUGCUUCCCAAAGAAUCAGUGGCAGAUUUUACACAGAGGUUAUAUCAGAGAAUGAGAACAUGCGUCACCGCUGCUGCUGUGCAGAUGGACUGCUUAAAAUAAAAAAGCAGGAUUUAACCCUUAAAAAAAUCAAUAUAUGUAAACUAAGUUGUAACUGUUUGAUAGAAAAACAACAAAAAUGUCAAUGUUCACAGUGACCAAAGUGGAAAUAAUGAGAAUCCUAAUAAAGUGAGUUAUU